AUAAACACAGAUGGAGCCGUAGUGUAGCGUCCCUACACAGUCACACAAAGUCCGAUACUCUUUUAAAAAACUUGAUUCUAAACUUCACACAUCAACAGCAGUGAAAUUCCAACAUCACGUAUAGAUCUCCAACUCACAAAAACAACUCUAGUCACUUCGUCAUCGGACGACACUUCCUUAUUGUCACUGGACGACAGCGAGAUGCAUUCAGGGACACUCCAAACAUCACAACAAAUGUGUGAAUUCACACAGGAUAAGCGGGAUAAAACACGGGUGGAUGGAUGUGUGUUGGGCAGUAAGUGUUGAUAUUUUUGUGACCACUCGGUGGCAGAAUGACUCUUUCGCUUUAAAUGGGACAAUUUGCCUACAUUGCAAACAAAACGCCAUAAAGAUUGUUUUGGAACAUGUGGCUGUCCCUGAACCAUUAAAAUGGGUACAUCACAGAAGGCUGACCUGGCUGGACGGAGCAGCUCUGAGAAAAAUCCAGUAAAGCCGUCGAUCACACCCUGUCUGUUGAGUGCAGCCUUCUUUGGUGCCCUGGGCUCGUCUUUCCUUUACGGCUACAACCUCUCUGUCGUCAACGCUCCAGCGCUGUACAUUAAAGAAUUCUACAAUAAGACAUGGAUGGAAAGAUAUGGCAAGCCUGUUGGAGCCGAAACAACUACGCUUCUUUGGUCCGUCACAGUGUCCAUAUUUUCUAUUGGGGGCCUUUUUGGAGCGCUUACCGUGUCUUGGCUCAUAAAAAUCCUGGGAAGAAAGGGAACCUUACUGGUGAACAACGUAUUUGCUGUGGUAGCUGCAUUGCUUCUGACCUUCGGAGAGAGGGCAAGGUCUUUUGAGAUGCUCAUCAUUGGCCGCUUCAUUAUUGGAGUGGACUCUGGUAUAGCUCUCAGUGUCCUACCCAUGUACCUUGGAGAAAUUUCCCCAAGGUAUAUCAGAGGUUUCAUUGGCCAGUUCAACUCCAUUCUCAUCUGUCUUGGAGUGUUCACUGGUCAGGUGCUGGGCCUACCUGAGCUGCUGGGGCAGGAGUCCAGGUGGAACUACUUAUUUUCUUUCCUGGCAGUGCCUGCAGUGCUGCAACUCUGUGUUCUACCUUUCCUCCCAGAGAGUCCACGCUUCCUGCUGAUCGACAGGAGGGAUGAAGCUGCAGCAGUGAGAGCCUUCCAGAGGUUCCUUGGAAAAAAGGAUGUUUCUGUUGAGUUGGAAGAGGUCCACGCCGAGGCUCGAGCUCAGGAAAAUCUCCUUACGGUCUCCUCGUUACAGCUGCUGAAGAAUCGUGCUGUCCGUUGGCAGCUCAUCACCGCCAUGGUCACCAUGGCCUGCUAUCAGCUCUGUGGCCUCAAUGCUCUCUGGUACUACACCAAUGGGAUUCUACAGGCAGCAGGCUUUGAUGAGACGCUUAUCCCAUACAUAACCCUCAGCACAGGCGCUAUAGAGACUUUGGCUGCCAUUGUCUCGGGUUUAGUGAUAGAACGUAUCGGGAGAAAACCUCUUCUCAUAUUUGGAUUUACCGCCAUGGCCGUGUUCUUCAGCCUGCUUACCGUGUUCCUCAAUUUUCAGGACAGUGUGUCAUGGAUGCCUUACCUCAGUUAUGCCUGCAUACUGGCUGUAAUUGCUUCCUUCUGCUCUGGACCAGGAGGAAUCCCCUUUAUCCUGACCGGUGAACUCUUUGAGCAAGCCUACAGGCCUGCUGCCUUCAUGAUCGCAGGCACUGUGAACUGGCUGUCCAACUUUGCCGUGGGUCUCUUAUUUCCAUUUAUACAGGAGACCCUGGGGACAUUUUCCUUUCUGGUGUUUGUGGGGGUCUGUGUCAUAGCAUCAAUCUACCUCUGUGUCAUCCUCCCUGAAACCAAAAAUAAAACAUUCAUGGACAUAAGCCACAGUUUUGCCAAGAUCAACAAAGUCCCUGUUUCCCCCCCGAGCCAUGAAAUGAAGCUGGUUCUGUGUGUAGGUUCGGAUAAGAACGGAAAAGAGCAAAAUCACUUUAAGAGGGAAAGUUCUUUUUAAUGCCAAAAUUUGGGUGUAAAUGUACAUACAGUAUCUUACAAAUGUUUCACACUAAAAUGAAAUGUGUAUUUUGUAUAUACUUAAUUUUUUUUUUUUUUGCUCUUUGCACAUUCAAGGCCUCUCAGGGUAGCUUGAGAGUGUGAUUUCCGAUUUGCAUGUAAAUCACACAGUUUUGUGUUUUCUCCUUGUUUUGUUGCAACAACCCUUGAGGGAAAUAGCCAUCUGGCGUGUGAUGCUGAGGUAUAACUACAGUGCUGGGAUUUUUCACAGAGUCGAGCACCUCCAAACAGCUGAAAAAGUGUGGAGUGGAGAUAGUUUAAAAAAAAAAAAAAAAAAAAAAAACACAGUAAAUCAGACGGGGACAGUUGUGGUACCGUCCCAAAUCUAAAGGAGAUGUGGCUACUUCCCACCCACCAGAUGGUGCGAGUCGAUGGAGGAAGUGAUGUGGACAGAGGCAGACAAGCGUGGAAUUGGGCGGACAGUACAGUUUUACUCGACAUUAGGAUGUCUUCCUCAAUUCUAAAACCUUACUGACUGUGGAUUUACAACACAGGAAACAAAAGCCUUGUGUUUUACUGCAUUACCGUUAAAAAUACAUUUAUAUAUGUAGUAUUCUAAACUGGUCCAAUGGGGUCAGUAAUGUUACUGUAAUGAUAAAAACGCAGGCGACUUAACACACGGCAAGGCGUGUCACUUCCUGUCCGCCACUCACUCUGCUCCCCGAUAAAACACAUUUAUAGCCACACACACGACCAUAAGUCGUACUUAUGACUUAUUUAUAAGGCUUUAUCUAUAAGGCUGCACGGCGGUCACGUGAUUAGCGCGCAGACCUCACAGCUAGGAGACCAGGGUUCAAUUCCACCCUGCAUGUUCUCCCCGUGCAUGCGUGGGGUUUUUCUCCUGGUACUCCGGUUUCCUCCCACAUUCCAAAAACAUGCUAGGUUAAUUGGCGACUCCAAAUUGUCCAUAGGUAUGAAUGUGAGUGUGAAUGGUUGUUUGUCUAUAUGUGCUAUCUGUGAUUGGCUGGCCACCAGUCCAGGGUGUACCCCGCCUCUCGCCCAAAAGACAGCUGGGAUAGGCUCCAGCAACCCCCGCGACUCUUGUGAGGAAAAGCGGUAGAAAAUAAUGAAUGAAUGAAUGUCUGCUAUAUUGUUGGAAGUCAGUGUAAAUGUGACUAUAGGGGUGUUAUUUGAUGCCGACAGGUCUCUAAUAAUGUUAUUUAGAAAGUCUGAACAACUUUUCUAUGCUCUUUACAAUGAAAAUCGUGGAAAUUCACUAAUCUAAACGAGGGAUUUUAUAUUAUUAUAUAUCUGAUAUGUUUGAUUAAUUUUUUUUAUGAUGCUCAUUUUAUUGGUUUUACACUCUGUGAGCGUGCCCUGCUCCUUACUCAUCAGCCAAGUACCUCCACGCCUGCCCUGAUGGGUUAGAUUCCUUAGUGUAUUAUAUAAUUUGUUGGAUCAUUGUUGUGCUUGAAAUGUGAUUGUUUUAUUUUGGAUUAUUUUGUUCUACCUGCAUAAAUAAUAGUUUUAUUCUUUUACCAAAAUAAAUGGAUUU